UUUCGUUUCACUGGGAGGCUCUCCAGAUCACUUUGAGUACUAGUACUACUAGGCUAUAUUUUCUAAGUUGUGUUUUUGUUUCUGAUGAUAACAUACCAUAAUAUGUCUUCUCUGAUAUAGUUUGACCAUUAACCAAUGUACUGACCCUGGGAUUUUGGAUUGCCCAGACUUGUGAUAUGUCUAUACUGGACUCUGUAACACAGGUCCACCACUUUGGCUGGUUGGCCAUACGCUACAUACAGGAACAGUACAGUGAAUAUUCACAAUGGAUGUUGUUUCUGAGUAAACUUGGCGACCCUCGCUAUGCCUUCCUUGUUUACUUUCCUCUUACCUUCUGCCUGAGCCAGUUCCGAGGGAAACAACUGCUGUGGGUCGCCUGUGUCGCAGAAUGGCUGAAUGCAGUCUUAAAACUUAUCCUCCAUGGUGACCGGCCAUACUGGUGGGUUGGAGAGACAUUCCAUUACAAGGAAAAGGAAGAGUUGGAAACCAUGCAACCAGCACAAUACUACCUCACCUGUGAAACUGGACCAGGAAGUCCUUCAGGCCAUGCCAUGGUGACCUCAGCAGUGUUCUAUGUCCUGGUCAAGGCCAUAUUGGACUCUACAAUGAAACAUCAAAGGUAUCUGGUCGGGCUCCACUGGUAUAUACUAAUUGGUUAUCAACCAGGCAGAACAAAAAGUUUUAUCUUAACAAGUAUUGUACACGCUGCAGUAUGGACGAGUUUCGCUGUACUUAUCAUCGCAGUAAAUAUAUCUCGUGUUUUCAUAGCAACACAUUUUCCCCAUCAGGUCAUUAUGGGGACUUUCAUUGGUAUAGGAUUAGGGGAGAUAAUUCACAUGGAUGUUGUUGCUAGACUCCGCAGCAAACAUUACCUGUUAGGAACCAUGUUGGCCAUCGGAGGAUACGUGCUAACGUACACAGUCGUAUUGGUGCUUGGUUAUGACCCUCUCUGGUCUGUACCUAUGGCCUACAAAUGGUGUUCUACCUCCGCCUGGGUCCACCCCGACACCACACUCUUCUUCUCCGUCGUCAGGGACAUUUCCUGUCUGGCAGGAUUUGGAUUUGGGGCGUACAUCAAAGGAAGAAUUCAUCUGGAGGAAAACAGAGUUCAGUUCACAGUAUAUCUAAAAUAUUACAGAUCAUUUCAAGCUUGUGUGUGACUUUAAUGAUGGAAACUAUCAAGCUUCCCAGGGACUCUGAUGCAAUAUUUUAUGGGUCAGCCUUCAUCAAAUUCUUCUGCAUGAUGUCCAUUGUUGUGAUUUUAAUACCAGUCUUUUUUGACAAAUGUUUUGGAUCGUCUGAUGCGGUGAAGAAGAAUUAAGUCUUUAUUAUUUGGUUACUGCCUUCAGUAGCCAUAACAAACUGUUUAAUUUUUGUUGCAGACAUGCACGUGUUGUAUGACAUUUUUUGUCAGUCAUUGAUGUAUCCUGGUGAUAUCUUCAUGUACUUCACCAGAAAGGAUACAUAGCAGUGUAUACAUAUAUAGCUACCUGUUAUUACAGACUUAACUAGUCAUGACAUUUAUUUGUUCAAUAUUGUAGUUUUGUUGACUUUAAUUAGUAAGAAUGUCAUGUGGAUAUUGUAUUUAUGGGGCCAAUAAAUCAGUGAUAAGAAACAUGAA